AUGCCUCACGCUACAGAGAUACCUGCUAACGAUCCGACACAUAUGGAGAGCUCUAUCUCCUCGCCAAUACCAAUCCCAAGCAUACCUUCGAGAACACAUGCUUGGAACGAACAACCCGUAACUUAUACUGCGACCGCGCCAACUCCCUCAUCGGCCGCCCCAAUCGAAACCACGGCUUCUCUAGAGUACAAUCCAUUAUUUCUGACAUCACUCUUGAGUUCUGAAGAGAUUCCCAUUGAUGUCUACGGUGGUAGUUACUCUUCAGACGAAAUUGAUGAUCAAUUAUAUCAAGCGUCUUCUUUGAUCUCCGAUCCGAAAAAGUUUGAAGAUCCAUCUUAUAAAUGUUGCGGCCUCGUGUUGGAGGGCUGGCAAGCCCUUUACAGACACAGUCAAAUACGACAUUCUUCUGACAACCUGCCUGUAGAAGACUGGAUCGGUUCUGUGACACCCAAUACCGAGGUCUUUUCAACGUCCCCUUACCUCAAUCUUUCGCCACAGUCCUCACCUAAAACUCCACGUGACGGUCAAAGCCCUCAGAUAGGUGACGUCAUGGAAACAUCGCCGAGUUCGACCGUUACCGCUCUUGCUUCAUCUCCGCCGGCCACCAAAAAGUCUCAGCAUAACGCAGCAGCUCAAAGUAUCGCACAAGGCUUACUUAAUAACUAUCAACGAGCUGAAUCGCUGUGGGCUCUGGAAAACUGUAAUCCGCACAAUAUAACAUGCCAACGUCAAUUAUCGCAGAGCCUGACACAAUUUGACUCUGAUAAUGCUAUGGAACUUAUACCCGCAUUGGCGGCAGCAAAUCAACAGUAUGUUAUCCCUGGACUUUUACAUCAAAGCAAUAUCGGGGGCAUAUCUAUGGCAUCAUCAUUACAUAAUGUAGCGGGUAACGCUUCGGUUGGCAUACGAUUCUCUGAUUCUCCUCUAUUAUCCAAUAUUGGGACGGCUUUGGUCGACUAUAAUGAUCCGCAAAGACGUCGUUCAGCUCCUUCUAUUCUACCUUCGACCACUACCCAAUAUCCGGGUCCAAUCGAUUUGAUGUCUGUGCCGUACACUCCUAACUACGCCUCGUCCAGCGCAAUAAGGCAAAUCGCAGUUUCUCCGACAACGGGAUAUCCAGCUUCUGAGGAUGUUACUCCAGUGUCUCUGUCUCAUGCGAGCACUCUUACAACACGGUGUGAACUGAAUAAUCUGACCUCACCAACUUCUGCGCCAUCAUCGUUGUCGAUAAAUACUCGUUUCACAAAUAUAGACGUUCUCGUUGCGUCCCCGACUGAAAUUUGUCGUAUGCCUGAUCACGACAUUACUUCGACCUUUGCAUUUAAUUCCUCAACGAACUCUACAUUCGCAGCAACUGGUCAUAAUACAGUUUCUUUGGCGGAUGUUUAUUCCGGGCCGCCAGGAACAUCUAAACCAAGCAAGAAAAAAUCUAGAAAUACUGCAGGCGGACACGUAUCUUCUAAUACAUGUUGGAUCAGGAAUAAUGACAUGAACACAUCAAGAAACGAACAGGGCCAGGACGCGCCUGUUCAUGCUCCUCGUGGAUUGAAGCGAACGCAGUCGUGUCCCACAGACUCUACCACAACAGUAAACAAGCGACGUACAAUGCAGCCUAGUCAACCGGUUGCUGCUACUACGCCUCUUGUUUCCGUGAUCCAGUCUUCUCCUGAUGCUUCCGCCGUAGUCAAAACUUCAACUGUUGCGGAAUCUGAAGCAAGUAAACCCUUUCGAUGUACCGUCGUCGGGUGUCCGAAGACAUAUAAGAAUGCGAACGGUCUCAAAUAUCAUAAAGCACACGGUCAUAGUACUCAAGCUGGGAAUGGGGAUCGUUGCGCCGAGAAACCCUACAAGUGCGACAUCGACGGUUGUACGAAAGCAUACAAGAACCCGAAUGGUCUGAAAUACCAUUUAGAUCAUCACCAUCCAGGCUAUAUUAAGCCCACCAAUGGAUUGAAAUAUCAUCUGGAUCAACAUAAUUCAGGACGCGGCCUCCAAGUCAUUAAUACCGCCGUCGUAGGGGCAGCCCAACAAAUACCUAUUUCCCAAUAG